CUCUCAUUCUUCAAAUUCAAAUUUUCGAAUCAUCAAACCAACUUUCUCUCUCUGAUAUUUUAGUGCGCAAGUUUCUCUCUCUUACAAGCUCAAACUCUCACGAAAAUGGUUGUGGCGCAAAAAGUGAAGGAAGCGGAAAUCACAGAGCAAGAAUCGCUUCUUCUGACGAGGAAUCUGCUUCGGAUUGCAAUAUUCAAUAUCAGUUUCAUAAGAGGCCUGUUUCCCGAGAAAUAUUUUAAUGAUAAGAAUGUUCCUGCUUUAGAGAUGAAGAUAAAGAAGUUAAUGCCGCUGGAUGCUGAGUCUCGUAGACUGAUAGACUGGAUGGAGAAAGGCGUAUAUGAUGCAUUGCAGAAGAAGUAUCUAAGGACACUACUGUUCAGCAUAUGCGAGGCUGUAGAUGGUCCGGUGAUUGAGGAAUAUGCAUUUUCUUUUAGCUAUCCAAAUGGUGAUAGUGAAGAAGUCUGUAUGAAUUUCAACCGCACUGGAAACAAAAAGCAGGGAGGAACUUUCAAGUGCAACUCUACCAAUGAAGUCACUCCCAAUCAAAUGAAGAGUUCAGCCUGCAAGAUGAUUCGCACUCUGGUUCAGCUCAUGAGAACACUUGACAAAAUGCCAGAAGAGCGUACAAUAUUGAUGAAGCUCCUCUACUUUGAUGAUGUUACGCCAGCGGACUAUGAACCACCAUAUUUCAGAGGCUGCACAAAUGAGGAUGCUCGUAAUCUGUGGAAAAGAAAUCCAUUGAGAAUGGAGGUCGGAAAUGUGAACAGCAAGCAUUUCGUUUUGGCCCUGAAGGUCAAGAGUGUGCUAGAUCCCUGUGAAGACGACAAUGAAGAAAAUAAUGAUGAUAGUGUGAGUUUAGGAGCUGAUUCUGUUCAAAGAGAUGAUACUUCAGAGUCUGGCAGUGAGGUUAGCUCCUCACAAGAAGAUCAGUACAGAGUCGAACCAGUGGACAUCCAGCAACCUUAUCAAGAAGAUACCAUGGCUUCUCAAAGAAGUGAUCAAACACAGGAUGCAGCAGAAGAUGAAAAUCAAUUAAGUCGAGUAAAGGAUUGGAUCAUCUCUAACAUUAGCGAAACUGUGGAAUUCACUGAUGUGCUUGCUAAUUUCCCUGACAUCUCAGUGGUGCUGAUUGAAGAGAUCAUGGAGAAGCUCGUUCUCGAAGGUGUUCUAGCUAAAUCUGGGAAAGAUACAUAUUAUGUUAACAAACAAAAGGAUCCUGAGUAUGAAUUUGAUGUCAAAAAAGAAAUAGAUGACCAAGUUCCACUGAAUGGAGAGAAAACUGCCCCUGCUUCUGGAGAAGAUUUCUUGUAUAUGAAGGCCUUAUACCAUGCUCUUCCAAUGGAUUAUGUCACAAUCAGCAAACUUCAAAGCAAACUUGAUGGUGAUGCUAACCAAACCACUGUAAGAAAACUGAUUGACAAAAUGGCCCAAGAUGGAUUUGUUGAAGCUACAAGCAACCGCAGGCUAGGCAAGCGUGUAAUUCAUUCAGAUGCAGCUGAGAAGAAACUACAUGAAGUCAGAAAGACGUUGGAUUUUGAAGCAAUGGACGUAGAUGUUAAUGCACCGCUAAGCAAGUUGAACCAUGCUGAAGUUGAGAAAAUUGGAAAGAAAGCUGAUGUGUCAACCUGUGGCGUCCUACACUCCAUUGGAUCUGAUAUAACACGGAUGCGAGUAAGAUCUGAACUUGAUACGCAUCAAAACGGUUCCUUUAGGAGUGAUCAGUCUAUUUCAAAAACCAGGGAGGGUCCGUAUACUCCUACAAGCAAGAACGGGCCAGCAGUUUCAAGAGAGAGUACUGUACCUGGGAGUGGUAAACCCAAAUUAAAUGGGAAUAGCAAGAACUGCAAUGAAGCUGAUGAUGUAAUCUGCAGCAGACCAUCUCAAGACAAGCGGUCUAGGAAGGCAAGCACGGUGAAAGAGCCAAUCAUUCAAUACUUUAAGCGCCAGAAAUCUCAAGCUGUUUAGAACGGCCAUGCAUGCUCUUCAAAUAUUCGAGAGUAUGGUGGAGCUAUCAAUCAUCUGAAUAUUUCAAGAAGUGAAGACCUGAUGUUGUUUCAGUAACCUGGGGUUUUUUUUUAGGUACAAAAGGUGGAAUUUUUUGCAUCGUAGUUGUGGUCCAAUAGACUGAUAGAGAGCUAUCUAUUCUAUUAGUAUUUACGACGAAAACUUGAUUAUUGAUGUUGGGUUGUAGUCAUGGAACUUUGUAAGUUUUGAAAUACUGAAAGUUGCAUAAACUUCUCCAUGGCUACUUCGUGUCUUAUCAGAUUAGCACUUCUGGUUAUAGAGCAAUUUACUCAGAAAGUUUUCUAUAGAUAUUGUAGGCUUGUAGCUCGCAGGCCAAGGUAUUUGCAAGGUGGUUGUUGAAUAGAGUAUGUAAUACUAUAUUACUGUCUACAGCUAUUGGUCCCACAUCUCUAUUUUUACAGACUAUUCCCUCUUUUAUUAGCUAGAGGCUUCAGGUACUGUUUGUCCCUUCGGGGACAUCUGAUAAAAUUGGAACGAUACAGAGAAGAUUAGCAUGGCCCCUGCGCAAGGAUGACACGCACAAAUCGAGAAAUGGUCCAAAUUUUU